AUGUUGCUACUUCCUGCUCUACUUACCCUUGUGCCACUUGUCGUCGGCAGCCCGAGCCGCUACCCAAUUCCUGAUUGUACGAAUGCUGAGUUGUAUUCGACGCCGACAUAUGGGCUCACCGAUGCUGUAUUUUCUGUCUGCGCGAGCAUCAUAAUUAAGGGAUCGGCGCAACAAGUUUGCGACGCAAUCCUAGAUUUCCGACGCUAUUCUAAAUGGAACACUUUCGUCUACAACGCAAUUCCGCCCACUGGAGUCAACUCCCCUGCACAGGUACGCGUUGGCAUGCCUAUACUCUUCAGCUCAACCGGUAUACCCCCUGGCUCUAGCUCGAAUGGAACCGAUAUUGUGACGGUUGUCAAGCGCCCUGCGCUUACUGCCUGGAAGAAUGAUGAGUUGGAAGCUCUUAUCGGUCACUCUGAGCAUGUGAGUGCGUUCACGCCCCUUGGAGGUGGCUGGACAAGAUAUACACAUUGGCAGACUCAGUAUGGCGAGAAAGCAAGGGAGAUUCUGCUUCCACUCAAGGAUGAUUUUCAGCACCAAUUUGAAGUUCUGGCCCGAGAUUUGAAGGGGUACGUCGAGAGUCGUUGA